AUGCCAUUCUCCACUUCUUCUAUACUUUGCUAUUUUUCUUUAAUCUCUACAUCAACAAGUGCACCAUUUCUCAAACCCAGCAACGAAACUACCACAGGAUGGGUAGCUGAUCCUAAUGGCCGAGGCACACUUUCCCUCGUCAUUUCUUGUCUCUUGACUUUAUCGCUUUGUGUUUGGUCGGCUAUGCAUCUCAAUAUUCCUAGGCCAGAUCAUCCUGCAAUUCAUGAAUAUGUCAGAGGGGUUAAAUGGGGGAUUGUAGGGGUUUUUGCUCCAGAGUUGGUCGUGUUUGCGGCUUGGAGACAGUAUAAUUCUGCUGCGGCUUUGCGGGAUUCGGUUCAGAAGAGGAUUGCGGAGGGUGUGCAAUCUCAGAACGGGAUUACAGAAGUGGUAAAGUCUGAGCCUAGUAAACAGGAUGGGAGAUUCGAAGAGUUUGGGAUUCCUGCUCCCAAAUUCGAAGUACAGGAAAUCAUUUCACCCUGGACAACCGUUCACGGCUUCUAUGCCGGUAUGGGAGGUUUCGUAUUCGACUUUGAAAACCCCUCAGACAAUACUCCGCCAUUCAUUCCCCCUUACACCCGCUUAACACUCACUGCUCGUGGCGUCAGUCUCCUAGCACAAUGCGGCCACCUACCCACCAUAAGUAAGCGAGAAAUAGUCGACAAAAGCAAAGCCGACACGAUGGCCAAACUUCUCGUUAUUCUCCAAGCCGGCUGGAUGCUCGUACAAGUCAUCGGACGAUUAGUGGCUGGUCUUCCAGUCACUCUUCUGGAAGUCAAUACUUUGGGCCAUGUUCUGUGCGCUUUUAUCAUCUACUUAUUAUGGUGGCAUAAACCUCGCUCUAUAAUGGUUCCUACGAAAUUGGAAGGGGACUGGGUGAAACCUCUCUGUGCGUAUAUGUAUAUGAGUAGUCAGAUCAGUGGACACGAUAGCAAACAUCCCGGAAUCCUCAAGCGAUCAUGGAAGGACUCGGAACUAUCUAGAUUUGCGUAUGUUCCUCCGGAAACAAAUGACGUAGCUCUCGAGGAACUUGUAAGUGAUGUCACGCCAUCCAAUCCCACAACAGAGAAAACUCCAAUUCCCGAUCUCGAUACCACAAUCGCAAAUCUACAUAAAGCUGCCAAAAAAUCUCCUCACGGAUUCUUCGUCCCGUCAAAAUCCUACCUCAAUGCAGAUGGAACAUCGAAACGCGACCCCGACGAAAAAGAAAAUGCACAAUACCUCCGGACCGCCACUCCGGAACAACUUGCACGCUGGCAUCUAGCAGCCCAAGCAAUCCACACCCAUCCGGCCCUUUCCUCACGCUUCACACCUCACCGCACCACCACCAAUAGCAGUACAUUAAACCUAGCCCCCCUUACCCAAAACUCCAACACCACUGCACAAACAACCCACGAACCACUCCUCGAACAACUCCUCUCCAUCUCCUCCUCCAACUGGCCCAGCGAAGAUCUCCUCCGCAGCACAGGUGGUCUAAUAAUGGGCAUGACACUGUGGCUCGCCAGUAUCCUCUUCGGAAGCGUACACGUCGCCGCAUGGUACGAUUACUUUCCGACAUUAUUCGAACAAUGGAUGUGGCGGGCCAGCGCGAUCUAUAUUAUAUUUUCCGGAGCGUUAUGGUUAUGUAUUAAUGGGCUUGCACGAGCAAGUAAACGGGUUGAUGAGUUUUGGGAUCGGUUUUUGGCGUUGAGGGUUAAUAGAGUGGUGUAUGCUGUUAUUGGGAGUUUGUGUACGGUUUGUGGGGUGGCGUAUGUGGUUGCGAGGAUUUAUUUAGUGGUGGAGGCGUUUGUUAGUAUUAGGAAGUUACCCGUUGGGGCGUAUGGAACGCCGGAUUGGACGGUGGUUGUGCCGCAUUUGUAG